AGCGGUCGGCGCAAGAUCCGGAUCGAGUACAUCACCGACAAGUCCAGGCGGCAUAUCACAUUUUCAAAGCGCAAGGCGGGAAUCAUGAAGAAGGCGUACGAGCUGUCCAUUUUGACAGGAACGCAGGUGCUCCUGCUCGUGGUCAGCGAGACGGGUCUAGUGUACACCUUCACCACAACCAAGCUGCAGCCAUUAGUGCAGAAGCCCGAUGGCAAGAAUCUGAUCCAAGCCUGCCUGAACGCACCAGAC